UUCGCCGGUCGACGUCGGAGCUUCACUGCUGUCAGAAUGGUUCGAGCAAGCUGCGUCCUGGCAAGCUGCGCGCUGGUGGGUCUCCUCCUGGCGGUGCCGGCGGCGUCUUACCCCAGGUAUCAAAACAACUACUACCGCAACGAUGGCCCCUACGACCCUGAAGAGAUCAUGGACAUGCUGAACCGCCUUGGAAACCUCAUCCAGAUGGAACGCAAAAUGGAGAACUUUAAAGACGACAUUACUAGUUAUAAAGAUGACAUUACUAGCGAGAAACGCGCCAUAGACCUGGGUCUCAGCCGCGGCUACUCCGGCGCCAUGCAGGCCAAGCACCUGCUCGGCCUCGCAGCGGCCAACUACGAGGGCGGCCCCGGCCGGAGGCGGCGAGACGCGCACUAGACGGAGGCCUAGAGGCCCGCUGCGGAAGACCUCAUGUGACGCGCUGCUAUUGUUUGCCUGGUUCAAAUUUUUUUUAGUACCUCUGAGACCAUAGCCAAUGUGACAAUUAAGAAGUAUAAUUUACGAUUUAAAUCAUGUAUUUUUAGUACAACGGCGCGCGGCUAUCGUGGCCGCUGCUCACGCACUGUUAGUGCUUGGAAAUGGAGACCUAGGGUCUACGAAAUAUGUCACGCAAAUGACUAAAAGUACGUGUGUUGAAGCGUAAAGGAUUAUUACUAGUCUAUUGAAUUUCGUAAACUUUGUUGUUUAUUUUAUAAUGUUACUUUUGAUCUAGUCAAAUUGUUUUUAAUGUACGUUUGCCUGUUUGUAAUACCUAUUUACUUUUUCUUUAUCUAAGAUUCCGAAAUAUUUUUUAUACAUUAAAUUACAGCUCUAUUUUAUUUUAAGUAUAAUAAUUAUAAUCUUGUAAUAUGAACAUAAUUUUUUACUCUACUCUAAUGGUGUUUUGGGUGUCAUAACAACAGUACCAAAUGUCAUGUUACCACUUUUUAUGACAUCGAUAACUAACAUAUUAAUAACUAUUUUCGCAAGGAUGUCACAUGGGGUCUUAAAACUAUAUCCGAUCGAAAUUCCUAUCUAUAUAACAGUAUAUAUCCUAGGCCUCCCCAUAACUUUUCACUGUAAAAUGGCUGGUAAAACAUUGAAAAUCAUCUUUGUAGAUAUCACUAUUAUCUUUAGUAUCGUUGAUAUCCUAUAAAAUAUUAUUAUUGAUACGAAAAUAUGACGCAAUAAAUGCACAAAGCUUUGUAUGUUAGAUUACCAAACGUGCAUAAUAACUUUAUUGGUCUUUAAAAAUUUAAAACUUACCUACUUGGUUGGCGCGAUGACCUAAAAUGAGUCUUGGCCUCCAACACAAGAGCACGCCACUUUGCUCGGUCCAGAGCGGUGUCCCGCCAGUAUUUUAAAAAUGUAAUACCUUUUCAAUUGUUUUUGUUUUUGAAUUACUUAAGUAACCCUUUUGUUUUAAAUCUCCUUUUGUUAUUGAUAAAUUUAGAACCCGAUGGCGUAGAUUGUAAUUAAGUACCUAUAAAAUACCUUUCAUUGUGUAUAUACAUGAAGGAAACCAAGAAAUGUUGUUUUAAUUGCUGUGAAUAAAGGGUAUUGAGAAAUAUAAAAUAUGAUAUCAAUUGUUUAAUAAUAACUGUGCAUCGCCCUUCGAAUGAUUCAAGAUAUUGCGAAGUUAAUAUAGUCAGACCAACGCAACGACUUUGAAAUGAAAAAAUGUGGAAAUGCUAUAAACUUCAUAUUUUCACAGAAAAUUGAACUAAUGACAGUUCCACUUUUGGUCAGUCAUUGGUCCCGCUCUAAAUGUAUGCUAGAGCAACAUUAUGUUAAAAUAAAAUCAGUAUCAUAUUUUAUGUUAAUAAAUACGGUUCGAAGUAUCGAUGGUUUAAUUUAUAAGAAAUAUGAUUUGGUGAAGAAAAAAACAGUAUUAAACGUUCUAGUCAUUGAAUUUGCACAUUUGUUUUAAUUAUAAAUAAGAGUACCUAUUUACU